AUGUUAGUAAGACAUCCAAAGGACCAGGCGUUAGUAGGACAUCCACAGGACCAGGCGUUACUAGGACAUCCACAGGACCAGGCGUUAGUAGGACAUCCACAGGACAAGGCGUUACUAGGACAUCCACAGGACCAGGCGUUAGUAGGACAUCCACAGGACCAGGCGUUACUGGGACAUCCACAGGACCAGGCGUUACUAGGACAUCCAAAGGACCAGGCGUUACUAGGACAUCCACAGGAGCAUGAGUUAUUAGGACAUCAACAGGACCAGGCGUUAGUAGGACAUCCACAGGACCAGGCGUUACUAGGACAUCCACAGGACAAGGCGUUACUAUGA